AUGGAGCUGGACGGCCCCGACCCCGGGCGGCCGCAGCAGCAGCGGGACCAGGACUCGGUCGAAGCGUGGCUGGACGAUCACUGGGACUUCACAUUCUCCUACUUCGUUAGGAAAGCAACUAGAGAAAUGGUCAACGCAUGGUUUGCUGAGAGAGUUCACACCAUCCCUGUCUGCAAAGAAGGCCUCAGAGGCCACACCGAAUCUUGCUCUUGUCCCUCGCAACAGACUUCUCGCACAGAUAGCAGUGCCCCUGGGACGCCAACCAGGAAAAUCUCUGCAUCUGAAUUUGACCGGCCUCUUAGACCUAUUGUCGUUAAGGAUUCUGAGGGAACUGUGAGCUUCCUCUCUGAUUCAGAAAAGAAGGAACAGAUGCCUCUAACCCCUCCAAGAUUUGAUAAGGAAGAAGGGGACCAGUGCUCACAGCUCUUGGAACUAGUAAAAGAUAUUUCUAGUCAUUUGGAUGUCACAGCCUUAUGUCACAAAAUUUUCUUACAUAUCCAUGGACUCAUCUCUGCUGACCGCUAUUCCCUGUUCCUUGUCUGUGAGGACAGUUCCAAUGACAAGUUUCUUAUCAGCCGCCUCUUUGAUGUUGCUGAAGGUUCAACACUGGAAGAAGCUUCAAAUAACUGUAUCCGCUUGGAAUGGAACAAAGGCAUUGUGGGACAUGUGGCAGCACUUGGUGAGCCCCUGAACAUCAAAGAUGCAUACGAGGAUCCUCGGUUCAAUGCUGAAGUUGACCAAAUUACAGGCUACCGGACACAAAGUAUUCUUUGCAUGCCAAUUAAGAAUCACAGGGAAGAGGUUGUUGGUGUAGCUCAAGCCAUCAACAAGAAAUCUGGAAAUGGUGGAACAUUCACUGAAAAAGAUGAAAAGGACUUUGCUGCCUAUUUGGCAUUUUGUGGUAUUGUUCUUCAUAAUGCUCAGCUCUAUGAGACUUCACUCUUGGAGAAUAAGAGAAAUCAGGUGCUGCUUGAUCUUGCUAGCUUAAUUUUUGAAGAACAACAAUCAUUAGAAGUAAUUCUGAAGAAAAUAGCUGCCACCAUUAUCUCUUUCAUGCAGGUGCAGAAAUGCACCAUUUUCAUAGUGGAUGAAGAUUGCUCUGAUUCUUUUUCUAGCGUGUUUCACAUGGAGUGUGAGGAAUUAGAAAAAUCACCAGACACUUUAACAAGGGAACGUGAUGCAAAUAAAAUCAAUUACAUGUAUGCUCAGUAUGUCAAGAAUACUAUGGAACCACUCAAUAUCCCAGAUGUCAGUAAGGACAGAAGAUUUCCCUGGACAAAUGAAAACAUGGAAAAUGUAAAACAGCAACACAUUCGAAGUUUGCUUUGUACACCUAUAAAAAAUGGAAAGAAGAAUAAAGUGAUAGGAGUUUGCCAACUUGUCAAUAAGAUGGAGGAGAAUACUGGCAAGGUUAAGCCUUUCAACCGAAAUGAUGAACAGUUUCUGGAAGCUUUUGUCAUCUUUUGUGGCCUGGGAAUCCAAAACACACAGAUGUACGAAGCAGUGGAAAGAGCCAUGGCCAAACAGAUGGUCACAUUGGAGGUCCUGUCAUAUCACGCUUCUGCAGCAGAAGAAGAAACAAGAGAGCUCCAGUCUUUAGCGGCUGCUGUGGUACCAUCUGCUCAGACCCUUAGAAUUACUGACUUCAGCUUCAGUGACUUUGAGCUGUCCGAUCUGGAAACAGCACUAUGUACAAUUCGGAUGUUCACUGACCUCAACCUUGUGCAGAACUUCCAGAUGAAACAUGAGGUUCUUUGCAGUUGGAUUUUAAGUGUUAAGAAGAAUUAUCGGAAGAAUGUUGCCUAUCACAAUUGGAGACAUGCCUUCAAUACAGCUCAGUGUAUGUUUGCUGCUUUAAAAUCAGGCAAAAUCCAGAACAAGCUGACUGACCUGGAGAUACUUGCUUUGCUGAUCGCUGCACUGAGCCAUGAUUUGGAUCACCGCGGUGUGAAUAACUCUUACAUACAACGAAGCGAACAUCCCCUGGCUCAACUCUACUGUCAUUCCAUCAUGGAACACCAUCAUUUUGACCAGUGUCUGAUGAUUCUUAAUAGUCCAGGGAAUCAGAUCCUCAGUGGCCUCUCCAUUGAAGAAUAUAAGACCACGUUGAAAAUCAUCAAGCAAGCUAUUUUAGCUACAGACUUAGCACUGUACAUUAAGAGGCGAGGAGAAUUUUUUGAACUCAUAAAAAAGAAGCAGUUCAGUCUGGAAGAUCCUCAUCAAAAGGAGUUAUUUUUAGCGAUGCUGAUGACAGCUUGUGAUCUUUCUGCAAUAACUAAGCCCUGGCCUAUUCAACAACGGGCCCUGACCCAUGUAUCAACAGACUGUUUCCCUUUGCUGGAUGGCUGCAGAAAGAACAGACAGAAAUGGCAGGCCCUUGCAGAACAGCAGGAGAAGACACUGAUUAAUGGAGAAAGCAGCCAGGCUAAGCGUAACUGA